AUGGUCAUUGGGCUUCUUACCAUCACUGCCAUACCGACCAUCACGGGGGUCGGCCAGGCUGUGAGUGCGCAGAAGCGGCAAAACGCUGCCUCCAAAGAGCAAGAAAAGAUUCAUCUAGCAGCGUCGUUUGUUGGAGAGAGCCCGUUGAGCGAUGCCAUGCCCACCUGUUUCCUGAAAGACGGCAAGCUCGUGCUCGAGUUUCCGGGGGACAAUGUCGACGGCCACAAGUUUUGCGGCUUUCACUUCAAGUAUCCCGGCGAGGAGCAGCACCUAGGACUGGUGAGCAGCAUCCAGGAUGAGCCGCCCGUGCUUAACUGGAUCUACGUCAACCGGGACACGCACGCGCUGGAGUAUGGCGCCAGGAAGGACACUCUGGGCCACAUUGUAGGCCCAUGGGGCUGGAGCGAAGACGAGCGGUUUCUCACCUUGGAUGGGAACACGGGGGGAUUCAUGGCAAGGAGACGGGAGCAUCAUGGUGUGGAGAGGUGGAUAUUGUACUGGGAUCCCGAGGCAGACGGCGACAGCGAGCAGCAAGGACUCGCGGGAUCCGUCAUGCUUCAUCGAAAGCCGGUACUGGGAAUGGAAAGUACCUACGUACGAGAUGGAGAGAGUUGA